AUGUUUGAUAGGUCAGAAUACGGGUCACUGAAGAGCCGACCGGUGUUUGACCGACACUUGAAUCCCAGUCCACACAAGGAAUGGGUGUCACAAGAGUUUACCAAAUGGUCAAAAGGGUUUGCGGAUCACAACCAAUGGUUGGACGACUUGUCCGUUUUAAGCGCCUGCUAUAUGUUUACCGGGUGUAAACAGAAGGACAGGAUAUUAGCGGCGACCAUGUUUAUUAGUCACGCUUUUUACCUUGAUCAUGCCAUGGAAAAUGCCCGUAAGCAACGCUCGGCCACUCUUAUGGUAGAUUUGUUUGAAAAAUUAUUGCUCGCAGUAUUGACCGGACGUACGGAUAAUGACUUUUGUAUAGGGCGCCGAUUGUUGGACACGUUGGCCGCGACCGACGCUUUUUUGACCAGAGAUCAGAUGACAUUCACGAGGAAUAAGUUGAACGCAUGGCUCGAAACCAUACGUGAUAUACAUUGCAAUUAUUGGCUUCAGAAUCGGUUCAUACCAUACGAUCAGUAUUACGACCAGAGGAGCAAUGAGUCGGGGUGGUAUAUAUACACACUGUUUUCGGAGAUCUGUUCGGAAUACACGGCCCCGGAAUCGCUACUCAAAUGUGUGCCCUCUUUUGAUACGUUGCGCACGACUGGCAUACAACUGGCGCUGGCAUUGGACGAUUAUUUAAUGACCAUGGUCAAACUGGCCACCAACGACAUCACCAACGGUGUCCUGUCCUACGCCUCGGCCGCAAAAUGCAGUGUUCAAACAGCACUUGACGUACAGCUAGUGCUCAUAAAGGGGUUGGAGUCAGAGUGUCGCUCCCUAUACGACACUAUGGUUGAUAGGUUGGGCCCAGGGGUUGAGUCCCAGGAAUUGAAGGCAUACUUUGACACAUUUAUGGACAGUAUGUAUGGCUUUCACACCGCCUUUGCUGUGCUCUAUGCGUACGAAGAGAAAGAUGGACUCGUGUGGAGUCCUAAGUGGGAGGCACUCAGUCGACAGCUCAUGGAUGACACAAAGGAGAUGCAACUCAAUUUUCUAAAUUGA